GGAGGAGGGGGAGGGAGAGCUGCCGUGCAGCAGGGACACUGCUCAGACACACACAGGAUCCAGGGACAGUCACACUUGUGGACAGAGCCGCAACGUUACAGAGAGUUAAAAAUAAUAGCCCUUACAGAUCAAGAUGGCAGACAAAAUCAAGGACGCCAAGAUCAUCUUCGUUGUAGGUGGGCCUGGCUCUGGUAAGGGCACCCAGUGUGAGAAGGUGGUGGCCAAGUAUGGCUACACCCACCUAUCUUCUGGGGACCUGCUGCGUGCUGAGGUAGCAUCCGGCUCCGAGAGGGGCAAGACCCUCCAGGCCAUCAUGCAGAAGGGAGAGCUCGUACCCCUGGACACAGUCUUGGACAUGAUCAAGGACGCCAUGAUCGCUAAGGCUGACGUGUCCAAGGGCUUCCUCAUUGACGGCUAUCCCCGUGAGGUCAAGCAGGGCGAGGAGUUUGAGAAGAAAAUCGGAGCCCCCUGCUUGCUGCUGUACAUUGACGCCAAGGGUGAGACCAUGGUCAAGAGGCUGAUGAAGCGCGGUGAGACCAGCGGUCGCGCUGAUGACAACGAGGAGACGAUCAAGAAGCGCUUGGACCUCUACUACAAAGCCACUGAGCCAGUCAUCGCCUUCUACUCCAGCCGCGGCAUCGUCAGGAAGAUUGACUCUGAGCUGCCCGUGGAUGAAGUCUUCGGACACGUCGCCAAAGCUAUCGAUGACCUGAAGUAAAAAGCAACACGACUGGAUAUGAACAUUGUUUUGGUCAUUAUUUUCUAAAAGUCCAUCUUAUGCCGAAGAAAGUAACAAUCUGCUGAGUCACCACCCACAGGGCACACACUGGUUGAAUCAACGUUGUUUCCACGUCAUUUCAAUUCAAUUAAGUUGAACCAAUGUGGAAUAGACAUUGAAUUGAUGUCUGUGCCCAGUGGGCUUGGUUAUAAUGAAAGACCAUUAAGGAACAGCGCUGCCUUAAUUUAACACUGUACUCCCUCUCCAGCAAUAAUCUCCUGUUUCAGUCCACCAACCACAACAGACACCCAUAUACGGCCAUAUUCACAAGAAUGUCAUAACUUCCUGAGAGUGUACUGUUCACUUCCUGUUUGUCCGCCAUGUCUUCUCCACACUUCCUGUACAGUAUGUCUAUGUGUGUGUGUGUGUGCAUGUACAAUGCCUGCCUGGGGUGGCUCUGGGCUACACUCUCUGCUCCUGUGCCGCCAAAUAGACACCGGAGUAUAUGGGAAAGCAUGGAGACUAGACUCCUUUAUGGCUGGUGCUAAACGCCAUGCAGUGACAGACAUGGCAGCAGGCCAUUACAUCAUACAGGCUUUCAGGAUAUAGUAUAGUUCUCCCACAGCAGGAAAAUAGUACAAUAGUAACCAACCAUUGUAAAAGAAAAUACAGCAGGCCCAUGUUCUUAUUUAUUUCACUGUCUAACACCUCAUGAUAUGUCCCAUUACAUCACAUAACAGAUAAGCUAUAAAAUAUUAUGCAUAACAUAAAAGCUAUCCUUAAGAUUUAAAUAAAUAAGCACUACGAUUGUAAUCUUUACAUGGUAUUAUUUGCAGGUGCCUAUUUGAAAAUGUCACAAUGUCUAUCAUCAAGUGAUGUUACUGUAGUAGGAUAGUGCAGCGCCCUUUGAUCUGCUGCCGUUAUUCAUGUAUGUUUAGCCCAACAGGCCGCCAGAUGGUGCUAUUAUUCCUUAUGUCGUUUGUCAUCUGGUGACAAAUGACCCAAGGAAUAACAGCGCCAUCUGGCGGCCGGUUGGGUAAUGUGUUUUGGCGCAGGAGAUUUGUUUUCCUUUCCGAAGGAAGUAAAUAUUACUUUGCAGUUGUAAUCUGUUGCUGGAAAACUAUACCAUCCAAUUAGGAUGAACUAAUCCAAUCUCCUCGAAAGGUAAGUUCUUACUUUUGUAGUGGCUAACCUAACCCAAUAAUGUACUAAAGGAGCCUAACGUUACUCCUUAUAGUCCAAGGACCUUAAAUGUUCUGUUUAGAGGCAAAUUGGCUCUGGCAGCUAAAACAGCCAAACACUCCAUCUAAAUGUGAAUCGAUUCUCAAUUGCGGCUCGGUUCUAGAAACAAAAAGCCCUCUACUUACAUAUCAUAUCAAAAUAAUUUCACAAAUACAAAAAAUAUACUGUUAACCGGUUUUAACACAGUUGAAGCCAACAGUAUUUUUCAGAGACAACACAUUUGUGGCAUCUGUUUUCCGUUUACAUACAGGUGUUUGGAGACGCAUAUAGCUAAUUAGCACAGGCAUGCCUCUGUCUUCUGUCUGUUUUCCGUAAACAAGUGCUGUAACUUGGAAAUAUGGCCAUGUGGGAACCCUAACCCCAACCCUAUAAAGGUGUGUAUAGUUGAA